GAUGUCAGCUGAGCUCCAUGCAGUCUGUUAGCUUAGAGUUUGAGUGCACUCCAUGUGUGGAGGGCAAGCUUGUUGACGGUGGGACUUACAUAAUUGCUGUCCUCAUUAUGAGUGGGCUACCCUUAAUGUUGCAUAAUAUUGGAUUCACAUCCUCAGAUUUAGUCAGAGGAUCAGCAUGCAGGUUUGGACAGGAUAAAAGUGACUGAAUUAAACCACAACAGGAGAAAAAAUCCUGGUUAUUAAAUAUUUAUGGGCAGGGUCACUUGUACAGCAGUAGUAUGUGUAACAAAGUCAAAUGUACAUUUCUAAUAUUAAUUAAUUAUAUUAAUAUUAAUUAAUAUAAUUACACAAAAUCUAUGUCAGUUGUUACCUGACACACUCAGGCCUCCGUACUCAACAUGUGGAAUGUUUGAUACUCAGUUUCUGUACCUGUACAUUCACCUUUGGGGGCACCCCACCAAAAAAGAUGUGUAGUUCGUAGUUUCCGUGCCUCUAAGUUCAUUUAAUGCUAACAUAUUCCUGUGUCACUUAAUUUGUGUAGGGGCUCAAGUUCAAGGUCGUAAUUGACGGAGGAUUUUGUUUUUGCCUCUUGCUGUCAGGGUUGCUUCCAAAGAUAUCCACGGUCUGGAUAUCCAUGCAGACAACAUUAGAGUCCACCAUAUGUAAUUAAAAGCCCAGUCCCUUUUACUAGCCCAGUCUGGCUAUCUACACAUUUUGACCAAUAAAGGCCUGUCUCAUUUAGAGGCCUGGUCUGAUUGCCAAGCCGUUCAUUUUUUUAUAGAAGUUCUUUGGAUGUAUAAAAGCGGGUUGUUGGCUACCUCACAUUAUGUGUCCAUUCUUUGAUCACCCUGUAAGUUAUUAAUAUUGCUUUAGUCCAUAAGGGUCCUCAGAUCAAAAGAAUCAAAAGGGUUUUUCAUAAAACUUCAUCCAAGUUAUGAGUUUUGUUUUAACAGGAUAAAGUGGUGUUGUGUCGGUAUGCCGGGCGCCAUAAUCCCCAAGUGCCAUAACUCACUCUCUCUCUCUGAUGCUUUGUCUGUCAGAGCUAGAUCAAAUGAUUGAUUCAUAAUUGAUAUAUUAUCUGAAGCCUGAUUUUUAAUUGUAAGUAAGUAAGUAAUAUUCAUACUGGUUAAAAUGAACUAUUUGAUUGCAUUUCCUGAUCUUUGCAGUUUUGUGUGAAAGGAAUUAAAGGCCAAAUAUAGGCCUUAUUUAUAUAGUAUAGGAUAUUGAUGUGAUUUGUUUUUCUUGUGUUUUUUUCAGAGCCCUUUAUCUACAGUGUCGGGAGUCAUCUAGAACCCAACACAGCUAUGGUGAGCUGAAAACUGAUAUAAAGUAUUAUGUUAAAGGUCCAGUGUGUGGCAGUUAGGGGUAUAUAUUAGCAGAACUGGAAUAUAAUAUUUAUAACUCUGUUUUCAUUAGUUAAUAACCACCUGAAACUAAGAAACUAAGAAAUUUGAUUUGGUUGCAAAGUGCGACCUCAACACUAGAUGCCACUAAAGCUAUGGAAAGACAGUAACUAUACCAGACAGUGAGGAAGUACUUAUAGCCUGUCACUUUCCAUUUUCUUUCCACUUGUACUCCACAGUAUUUCACAGAGGAAAUUGUGAGCAUUUGCUGCUCUAUAUUUAUUUGACAGGUAUAGUUAUAGAUUAAUAUUUUAUAUAGCCUAAAUAAACACAUGAUACACCAAUAGAAAUACAUGUACAAUGCACUGUUAAAGGUUCCAGCAGUCGUGAUCUCUUGCACGUGCAGCAGUGUGUAGUUGGGUUCUCUUAUCAUGUUCAGAUGUCUAUAAAUUGCUCUCAGUUCAACCAAACAAAAAUAAAUUCUCAGGUGUUUUAAUUUAAAUAACCAUUUAGGGCCCAAAGAGGUCAAAUAAUCUAAUAUUUCACAAAACAGCCGAAUGAAAAGUCAAAAAUAUGAAUAUGAAUUUGUUAAUCCUACCCCACUUAUUGUUUCAUGGCCCUUCAGAUGUAUCUUGUGACCCUUCACAGGGGGCCCCACCUCAAGUUUGGACAACCACUGCUUCACUGUAUAUAUAUCAAACUCCACCUUAACCAGCUACAACAUAAAAUAACAUUUAAGCAUUGAAACAUCAGCAUUAUCAUUUGAUACUUCUACAUAUUGCUGAUUAAACUCUAUACUUUUAGUAACAUUUUGAAUGCAUUUCUUUAACUUGUGAUGGUACUCACAUUGUUGUACUGCUACUUAUACUUGAGUAAAUUGCCGUUACCAGUAGAUCAGGAGCAGACAGCUCGUUCCCUUCAGUCAACCAAUCAGUUUUCACCCCAUCCAAAAAAAUCCACCUACUGAGGAAGAAGAGCUCACCUGUGAUAUCACCUGUGGAGGUGAUGACUCAUGACUGUCGCCUCUGUCCAAGGUGCUGAACCUGGGACCCCCAAGGAUGAGGUAUGUGUCUGACUCAUUGUUUCACCUAAAAGGCAGCACCAUGGCAUUUACUUUAACACUUUAACAUCUGUAUUCAGAUACUUUACUUGAAUACAUGUUCUAAUACCACACUCUGAAAAUAUUCCACCACACGUAAAAGUGCUGCAGUCAAACCCUGCUUCAGUAAAAGUAUCAUCAGGAAGAAUUUACUUGAAGUAUCAGUAAAUGUAUUCAAUGCAGCAAAAUAUUCCCUGUCAGUGUUUUUGGAUUAAUAUUACUGCUGCAUUAAUGUGUAUGGUGUAUUUAACUGCUGUACAUGUUUAAGCCUGUGCUCAUUUAACUCCUUUACUGUUGGGUAGUUUAAUCUACAGAACAGUAUCAUAUUCUAUAAAAUCAUCAUAUGUGUAUGGAGGCACAUUGUGAUUAGGAGGUUUAAGAUAUGAUGGGCAUGUGACUUUAUCAUGAGUUUUAUUUAACUGUAUUUUAUAUUUCAUUUAAUUUACUUCUUCUUAUAUUUAUUUUAUUUUUUCCAUUUUAUCUGGGUACAUAUUCCUUCUAGCUUACUCGCAGAAUUUUAUUUAUUAUUAUUUAUUUUGUUUAUUACCUGCCAUGUCUCGCUUUGGUUAAUAAGGUGUGUAGCAUAUUAAUUAUUUGCAAGCCACUUGUUGACCCCUCUUGGUUACAGGUGGGACAGGUCGGGGGGGUGUUUUGUUGUUGUGAUGGACUGUAUUAUUUAAACCAUGGGAUGUGACAGACUUGAUUAUAAAAUGAAAAUUGCAAGUCAUAAAAAAUCAUCAUACGUUUGUGAGAACCUCGUAUUUCUGAAAGUUCAUGAGCUCAGAAAAACAGCCCUGUUUUCAGCUUCUUCCAGCUUAUUUUUAAAGAGUUUAUCUUAAAAAGUAGGAGAAUUUUCUCAACGCAUAAAUGAACAUUUCAUCCUUUUGUUUAUCACAAACAUUCAAAUUGGAAAUCACCAAAUUUGGAGAUUCGUGGCUUUCAAAGGACAGGAAGUGUAUCAAAAAGAAAUGGUGUAAAAGACACAAUAUUUGCUUCUGAGAUGUAGUGGAUUAGAAGUUGGCCUAUAUGUGGCCAAACAGUAUUUAAGACCAAUGCAACAACUCUAUUUAAAAAAUAUGUUGUUUUUUUGUUGCUGGAGUCCAAAAGAGAAAAUAAUCAUAAGUAAAGACAAUAACUUUUAUUUGACAAUACGAAUAAAUAUCUAAAACCAUUAACAUCUAAGAAGUACAAACUGCAGUAUGAAAUGAAAAGCCAGAAUUUGAUGUAGCAAGUAAGUCUAUCGCAGACCCCAGUAAUUACCACCACGUGAGCCCACUGUGAGCCUCAACACUGCAGUCUACACCGCAAUUUACACUGCAAGGAGAGACUCAAGUGACCACCACCAUUAGAUUUCAGUUUGUUCAGCUCACAGUAGUGAAAAGGACAGUACUGAAUCCAGUAAUGACAUUGUAGCAAUCAGGCAUCACAACAAUUCACACUAAAACUAAGGUUGAGUCCAAUUCAACAUGGCAGACAAAUUAAGCCAGAUGACAUAGAUGGACUGGUUCAGGCAAAGCAGCGGUCUGGCACUCAGUCUGCAAUAAGGGAUAACAUGGUCGAAAUCAUUUCCAGGGAUUAACCCUCUUACAUUAUCACACCAGUUUAGGUUACCUUGCUCACUCUGAGGCCCUGGUUAAAGAAGGAGACACUGGGACGAUCAGCAGGCCGAACACUCUGGCUCAGACAAGGGGGAGACAAAGACUGAAUUUCCCAAAGGAUUACAUGUUUAUAUUAGUGACAGGCCUACAGUCUAACAAACAAAAGCAGCUAUCUGUGGCCUAUCUCUUCAACAUGGAGCACACAUACAGAGCAAAGAUCAGUCAGGAUCAGUCAGGACACAGCAUCACUACAACCCUAGAUCUCCCUUACCUGCACACACCAAGCAGGAAACACACUAACCCUACCUACAGAGGGCAGUGUUCUCUACAUGUCCCCCUUCACAUACUGUAAAGCAACAUAAAAUGGAAAAAAUGAAAUAAAGUAAAAGUAUUUGUACUUAAGUAGGCCUACAGUGCUUGAGUAUGUGUAGUUAUAGUGACAUUCAGUGUUGGGAAGGUUACUUUUGAAAUGUAAUAGGUCAUAUAUUAAUAGUUACCCUGCUCAAAUGUAAUAAGUUAUGUUAAUAAACUAUUUUAAUUACAUCAUCAAAGUAAUGCAACUUGUUACAUUUAAUUACUUUUCUAUUACUGUUGUAACAAAUGUUUUAAACUGAUGCAAAGCCACAGAAUAAAUGUUAUAUUCUACAUAUAACAUUUUACCUUAAAAAAUAUAUUUUAGAUGCAACCCCUUUGUAAUCACUAACAUAUUUUUCUCAGUAACUGUAACUGAUUACAAUGUCAUUUAUUUUGUAAUUUAGCUACAUGUAACUUUACUCCCCAGCACAGGUUGAACUCCACUACCUCCAAACAUCAGUGUUAUUCAGUAGUAAACUUUCUGUCUCUGCCAUUUUGUUUUCAUCCUGAUCGGCCUGUUGGUUUUUGAUGACAUUUUCCAAACUGUAGCCAAACAGGUAAAACCAACCUGCGCUUCAAUAAUUCAUUUGGCGCUGAAUAAAUUAUUGAAAUAUGCGCGUCAAUCAGCUGCUGCCGUCGGAAAUAAAAAAAACUAGCAGGAGCUCGUCUUUGUUCCACCAAUAGGAGACAGGGAUCCCUGACUCCUGCAGAGCUUCAGCCAAUCAGAGCAGCACUUCCUCCAUUUCCUGUUGUGGGCUCGGGAGUUGGACAGCAUUCCUUUGGACCUGAAUGUGAAUUAAACAGCACAGCCGGAAUGUGCAUGAGUGACUUUACUUUUCUUCUUCAGUGGUGUUUGCUCAUGACAGAGCCUCAUAUGUGAGUAACUUGUGUGUGUGUAUGUGUGUGUGUGCGAGUGUGUGUGAGGGUGUGUGUGUGUGAGGCUGCCUGCACCCUGGACAUGUAAACAGCUUAUAGCCGACUUUGCGGCAUACGACUCCAUAUCAGAUGUGUGUGUUAUCACGCUGCAUGUCGUGCUUUAACACCCUCUGUUGUUGUUUAUUAUGGGGUGUGAAUGUGUCCUAGCAGGGGCCUCGGACAUGGCAGGUAUCGGCUGUUGCACCUGAUGUCAUGUCGCGUGCGCUGAUAUUCCCUUGACAACCGCGGAUCAGAUACCAAUAUUCAGGGGCCAUCAUGCCCAUCACGCUGCUGUGGGCCGUGGAUGUGUACGGCCGGGUGUACAGCCUCUCCACAGCCGGCCAGCGCUGGGAGCGGGCAGACGACCUGCUGCUGGAGCUGAAGCGUGUCACAGCGGGGAAGGGGCGCUGCUGGGGCAUCGGCUGCGACCACCACGUUUACCUCAACAUGAUGCCCAGCGAGACUCCCAUACGCUACAGGGAGGAGACCUAUGAAAACCAGAGGUGGAACCCAGUGGACAGCUUCACUGACACACUGCUGCCCACCGACCGCUGGCCGUGGAGCGACGUGACCGGGAUGAAUCCUCAGCCGCUCCACAGCUUUGAGCUGCCGUCCCGCAGCUGGGAGUGGGAGGGAGACUGGUAUGUGGAUCAGAGCUGUGGAGGGGAGCCCAGUCAGACUGGGGGCUGGGAGUAUGCAGUCGACUUCCCGGCCAACUUCUCUCCAGACAAGAAGUGGAAUUCCUGUGUUCGUCGCAGGCGGUGGAUCCGCUACAGGAGAUAUAUAGCACAAGGCACCUGGGCAAAGAUCCCUCUGGACAGUCCCAGGAAGCCUCCACUGCCGCUCUGUGACAUAAGCUGUGGUGGCUGGGAGAUGAGCGACCAGUCUGGAAGGUAUCCCUACCUCUGGGGUGUGACCCAACAAGGACAGGUGUGGUUCAGGGAGGGCAUCCACCCUCGGGUCCCAGAGGGCACCAACUGGGAGGAAGUAGAAGUGCCCAAAGAGGUGGCUCAGUUGUCAGCAGGCCCAGGAGACCUGCUAUGGGCUUUACUGUGGGACGGGAACCUGCUAGUCCGCACUGGCCUCACCCUGGACAGCCCAACUGGCACAUCGUGGGUGGAGGUGGAAUCACCAGGAAAGGACGUUGAAGCGCUUCAUGUGGCUGUUGGAGUCAGCGUGGUCUGGGUGGUCACUAAAGACUAUAAGGUGUGGUUCAGGCGUGGCGUCAACUCCCACAACCCCUGUGGCUCCGGCUGGAUCAGCAUCGGAGGGGAGAUGAUAACGGUGGAUGUUGGACUCAAUGACCAGGUGUGGGCGGUAGGUGAGGACCGCGGCCUGUAUUUCAGAAUGGGCGUGACGCUUUCUGAACCAAGCGGGAACGGCUGGAUUCCUGUUUCUGCCGAAUGGGGCAACAGUAAAGAGGUUAUCCCACCCAGGAAGGAGCGUGAGUUUGGUGGCCAGCUGACGGAUGCCUCACAAGGCUCAGUCCUGAGCUGCACCGACUCAGACUCAGAGUUAGGUCCAGCUGAUCCAGAAAACAGCACGAAAGAUGCCCCAGUCCUGGAGGCAGCAGCCCCCUCUGUUGUUCCCUUAGGGGGAGCAGACUCACCUUCACCUCCCCUGAAAACAGAGGACGCUCCCUCAGCUUCCCAACAGGAUGCCCCCAAACCCUUUAUCCCUGCGAGCGACAGCUUCAUCAACAGCCUGGUGUCGGACCGUGACAAAACUUCCACGCCCCAGCUGUCCAUCGCAGAGGUACCGCUUGAAGAGGUCGAGGAGCCGUCCCCAGCCCCGAUACUCCGGACCCCUGAGACCGCAGGACACGAUGUUCCCUGGAUGAAUGUGGAUCUGGAGGGAGCAGAGGCAGCUCGGUGUGCGCAGGCGUUGGGGUCUUCGUCAGGUGAUGGCGGUGCUGCUGCCACGUAUGCCCUGGGGACGCUGGAGACCUCUCAGGGUGUUGGAGAAGAGGACGGGCCAGUGUGGGCCUGGAUCUCUGGUGGAGGCUGUGAUGUGGAUGCGGAUUCGCAAAUCAGCUGGCUUAGUCCCACAGGUCCUCUCACCAGCUCCCUGUCGCUGACUCCAGUGCAGUCAGCAGCCUGGAGCGAACAGCAGCAGCAGGAGCACAGAGAGGAGAUCAGCAAGAAACCGCUGGAGAGAAGCAAUUCGGUGUGGGUGCGUAAAGGCGCGCUGCGCUGGUGGAGAGACUGGAAGCCUCAGCGCUGGGUGGAUGUGGGUGUUGCUCUGGAGCAGUCCACCAAGUCUGACGGCAAGAAGGACAGCAUUUUCUUUGUCUACUACACACAGUACGAUGAGAAGAAGUACCUCCAUGUGUUUAUAAAUGAAGUGACGGCACUGGUCCCAGUGCUCAGGGACUGCCACUAUGCCUUUGCUGUGUACACCGCCCAAAGGACCAAACAGAGGUGGCCUCUGGUACUGGCAGCACAAACAGAAAAGGACAUGAAUGACUGGUUGUGCCUGUUGUCUGACUGUUGCUGUGAGUGUCGAGGGAUCACAGGUCCCCCGUCCAGACACGCCCUGUGGUCCACAACCUCAAAGGGAGACAUCAUGGUCCACGAGCCGUCCUUCUCCCUGGAGGCUCCUGCACACACUCUGCCCUGUGACCACAUGUUCUGGCGGCAGGUCCUGGGUCACCUGCGCUGUGUAGAGUCUAACAGUCUGGGGCUGGUGUGGGGCAUCGGGUGUGACGGCACUGCCUGGGUCUACAGUGGGCGCUAUGGGCAACAGCCCACCCCGGAAGAUGCAGUUCCGAUGCAUCAGCAGACUGAUGUCAGGAGCGUUCACGUGUAUGAAAAUCAAAGGUGGAACCCGAUGACGGGAUAUACGGACAAAGGACUUCCUACAGACCGCCCCAUGUGGAGUGAUGAAAGUGGAUUGAAGGAGUGCACCAAAGGCAACACACACCCGCCCUCCCCUCAGUGGUCCUGGGUGUCAGAGUGGGCUGUGGACUACAACGUCCCUGGAGGGACAGACAAAGAAGGCUGGCAGUACGCUGCGGACUUCCCUGUGACAUUUCAUGGCCACAAAACCAUGAAAGACUUUGUGAGGCGCAGGAGAUGGACAAGGAAGUGUAAGAUCACACUGAGAGGUCCGUGGCAGCAGGUCCCUCCCAUCCGUCUGAGUGACAUCUCUCUGAUGCCAUGCCUGGCCCAGAGCAGGAUGGAGCAUGUCCCCGUGUGGGCCCUCAGUGACAAGGGAGAUGUCCUGUGUCGCCUGGGGGUCAGCCCCCAAAACCCUGCGGGCAGCUCCUGGCUACACGUGGGCACAGACCAGCCUUUUAAGUCUAUCUCCAUCGGCGGAGCCAACCAGGUCUGGGCCAUCGCCAAGGAUGGAGCUGUGUUCUACAGAGGCUCCGUCUCCCCACAAAACCCUGCAGGAGAAUGCUGGUACCACAUCCCGUCUCCCCUCAGGCAGACUCUCAAACAGCUGUCUGUAGGCAGGACCUCUGUCUUUGCUGUGGAUGAAAACAGUAACUUGUGGUACAGACAGGGCCUCACGCCCAGCUACCCUCAGGGCUCUGCCUGGGAGCCCAUCUCUAACAACGUCACCAAGGUCUCUGUGGGACCACUGGACCAGGUAUGGAUCAUAGCAGACGGAGUUCCAUGUUUCCCCUCUGAGACUACUGGAGCUGUUUGUCACAGGCUGGGGGUGGGACCCAUGCAACCAAAGGGACAGCUCUGGGACUAUGGAAUAGGGGGAGGAUGGGAGCACAUCAGUGUGAGGGGGAACUCAGCAGAGGCUCCUCGCACCCCCCACCCUGCUCCCGUGGGAUCCCCACGCAGCCCGCUCCCCCCACGGCCUCCCACACAGGUGAACGGGAACGCCGUGGGUGUGUAGCCUCGUCACACCUCCUCCUCCUUUUCCCCCUCCUUCUCCGCCCCAGCCCUGUUUGUGCCUGGAUCCACAUUUGUCUGCUCAGACCAUUCCCACAGGCCCUUAUCCCUUCAUGUAAGGGGAAUGCACAAUCAUAUCACUGAGUUGAAACUGUAAUAUUACGGUUGGAUUUGACUCUUGAUCGAUGGAUGAAUGUUCCUCCCCUGGCUCGUUUCCCGGGGUGGAUAUCGUGUCAGAAUGCAGUGACGACAACACAGAGAAGGGAGCACAAGAACAUUUAAUGGAUCUUGACGUCUUGUGGGAUGAGGAUUAAAGAGUGAGUGCAUGUGUUUGCUCUUACUAGGCUUUGGCUACCAGGUGUUUUGGGAUCUAGCAAUAGCUUUUAUUCUUCUAUACAAUAUCCUGUGAAAACCGAAGAGGGCGGGACUACGACAAAGGGCUAAGGCAUGGGUACUAAACUUGUCUUCAAACACGCAACCCCACUGUAGCCGAAACUGUCUUUCUAGAAUCUUGUUUUUGUUUUUAUUGCCUGUCCUACAAUUGCAUGGGAUUUAAAUUAUUUAUUUAUUUAUUUAUUUAUGCAUUUGUUGAAUUUUGUUUCCCCAUACGUGUUGGCCUAUUAUAUGUUUGCAAUGGAGUGUUUUUCGCCCAUGUUGCUACGACAAGCCUUUCAAAUUCUGAUAGCUUUUUCAAAAGGACCGGCAAAAUUUGAGAUCUUCAUACCUCAGUAAAAUAUAAUGCUCUUUAAUUACAAGCAGAGAAAAAUGUGGAAAAUUCAGUCUGCAUCACCAGAUGAUACCUCUCUAUCCUCCUGCAAUAAGGAACGUUCUUCCUGUCAGUAUUAUAUCCAUCUACAUAACUGCUUUGACCAUGACACAUGACCGUGACUGUUGAAAUUCCACAGCAGGUCCGAAUGUCACCAAAACUCGACAUUCAUCUUACCAAGGGC